GUCGCGUCGUAGUACGCAGCUAAAGUAAAGCGUCUGUCUCGACUUUGGUGAGACGAGUGGGAUUCUGAAAUCUCAAUUUUCGCAGAGUGUUUCUGUUUCCUUUGUUGGUUUGGUUGGUUUUGUGCGCACGCAGUUUUCUCAUUUCUCCCGAGUUCAGUAUUUCAGUUGUCUUUUGCAUUUAUUUUCGUUUUGUGUGUCUAUUUUCUGUUUGCUUGUUCGUUGAUUAAACUAAAGUAAAGGGGAGCACCCUUGAGCCUUGAUGGGGCAACAUUAACAUUAAUACAAAAGUUAGAACCUUUAUUUGAAUUCGUUCCCAAUAAAAAGCAAUUGAGUCAAACAUAAACAAAAACACUCGGAGCUCGGACAAUGAUAGUAAACACUGCUUUGGAGCAUGUGCCUAUCAAACUAGAGAACUUCAAUGACGACCACGAAGACCAUGGGUAUCCCAAUUCCAAAGAUUGUUCAUCUGUUUGGAGGACGGCGGCGUCAUCCUCAUCAAAAUUCACACAAGAUGAAGAAGCUGCUGAAUCUUCCUUGGUCUUAGCUUCAGCUUCCUGCUCUGACUCUAGCUCUGCCGCUAUCGUCAUCGACAACAGAACGAAAACGGCAGAAAAUCUGGAACUACUCGAGGAUGUUAUCGAGAGCUGUGGCAGUGUGUUCAUCUACAGUCGGCGCAAAUUGUUCCUGAUUUGUGGCUUCUGUGACAGUAAGUAUGCGAAUAUGUUACAGUUUGCCAAACAUCUAAAUGACUGCCACAAGAUUUUCUAUGAGAAUUGUGUGGAGAUGCAAAAUCAAAAUCAGUUUGUUCAUCAGACACACCCGACAGAUGAUAGUGACUCAGAUGCGGCAACGACAGCGUCAUCGUCGUUGUCGGCAUCCUCGGGUCUAAUUGUGAAGGGUGGGUUUCAAAUUCGUUUUCUUGGGGAGAGUGCGACUGCGGAGAAUGAAGAGGAAUCCUUACCAACCCCAACGGAUGUGUUGUUGCGACAUGUACCCAUAAAAGUUGAGGACGAGCAAGUUCUGGAAGACGAUGAGAACGCUAUGCAUGAUUUUGAAAACAACAUUGAGAGUUGUGGCAACAUAUUUAUCAUGAAUCGCAAGAAGCUAUUCCUGAUUUGUGGCUUCUGUGAGGGCAGGUAUGGCAAUAUGGAGCUCUUUGCUGCACAUUUGCAUGAGUGUCAUAAGGUGUUCGAGGAAGACGACGAUGGUAAUCAGCAGAGUAUGAUGGUUGCUCCACAGCCUCUGCAAGAAAUCAAAGAAGAACCUCAGGAAGUUCUUGUUGCUGUGAAGCGAAACUCAAACACAAGGGAAAGCCUACUGCCGAUGGUUGCCAUUCCGACUGUUGGCAAUGAAGACAUCAUCCCUACUGCAACAGUUCAUAUGGAGGAAGGAGUUUCCUCCUCCAUAAAGCCCAAGAGAAAAAGAGCACUUUUGGGACCACGGAGUGAACGUGACUCAUCCAAAGACACCGAUGAUUUGUCGGGAGAGAGUUUUUUCUCCGAACAGAUUCCAAGUAGGGAGGAGGAAUACUUUCAGAGGGGCACCAAGGGUACGAACCACUGCUGUCGGCAGUGCCCCAAGCAGUUCAAGAAACUCUCCCGGAUGAUGGACCAUGUCCGGAUACACACAGGAGAGAAGCCCUACAAAUGCCUCCAGUGUGGAAAGUGCUUCCGCAUUAAGCUGCGUUUGAGUGAGCAUCUAAUGCGCCAUCGAGAUAUAAAGGCUUUCAAAUGCGAAAUAUGUGGAUUGCCCUGUGCUACACGGCAGGACUACACGCUCCACAAACGUCAUCACACCGGGGACAAGCGCUACAGUUGCAAGGAGUGCGGUAAGGCGUUUGUCCGCAGCAGCGAUCUCAAGACUCAUCUGCGCAUCCAUUCCGACGAGCGGCCGUUCAAGUGUGAAAUCUGCAACACCACGUUCCGGGCCAAUCAAAAUCUAAUCAUGCACCGGAGGAUGCAUGAGCCUGAUAAACCUUUCAAGUGUGACUUCUGUGACAAGAGAUUCAGGAGGAAGAUCGACAGGAAGGUCCAUCAUAGAACACACACUGGCGAGAAGGCGUACAAAUGUGAGAUCUGCAAUCGAGGUUACUCGGCCAAGGUGCACGUUCGUCAGCAUAUCGAGAAGAGGCACAUGAAAGCAAUGCAACAGCCUCAGGAUGAAAACAAUUGCCAAACCAAAGUGGAGAAGCCUUUGAAGAUGAAUAAGAUGUUUAAGUGUUCCAUCUGCACAAAGGCCUACUCAGCCAAAUACACACUGCUUCAACAUAUCAAAAAAGUUCAUAACCUAGAAGCAGUACCUACACCAACAACAAUACCACAAGUAACAACACCAAUCAAAGAUGAUACCUCACAACAGUCAACAAACAUUACCAAUCUAAGUCCUCCUGAAAUUGCAGCUAAUCCACCUUUGAGUGAAUCACAAACAUUAUAGACGUAGUUUUCUUUUUGGUGUUUUAUUUUAUUUUGACACAACUCGAAAUGUAUACUCGCUUUGUAGACUUUUAAGAACAAACAAAAAUGUAAACAAAACAAUUUCCCUUAGGACUUAAGUUAAUGAUAAUGAUUAAUGGUUAAGAUAAAAGUUAUGACGUUGACGUCCCCUUUAGUCCAAAUAGAUCGGGACAAGGAUGUGCAAAAUGUAACUGAAAAAAGACAUUUUUAUUUUAUUAUAGUAGAUGUAACAUUUGGAUAUUAAAGCUAGAAAACAAAAAAAAAAAAACAAACAAAAAUAAAAUG